AUGCUCCUACUUAGCUGGUGGCUGCCGAGAGCGAGGCGGAGGCCCUCCCUGGUCACUCUCUCCCGGAUCUCUCGUGCCAUGUCAGGCGGCGGCUGGCGGCCGUGGGCGGAGCGGUACAAGCCGUGCGUGGCCAUGGUGCUGGUGCAGCUCUUCUACUCGCUGGUGGACAUGGCGCUCAAGACGGCCUACGGGCUCGGCAUGCGCCCCAUCGUCUUCGUCGCCUACCGCCAGGGCAUCGCCGCCGCCGCGCUCCUCCUCGCCUCGCUCGCCACCAGGGGGCUCACGCUGCGCCCCAUGGCCGUCGGCUCCCGGGCCUUCGCCCUCCUCUUCCUCGCCUCCCUCGCCAGCGCGACGGGGCAGUACUUCUACUUCAUGGGGCUGCAGCUGGCGUCGCCGUCCAUGGCUCGGGCGACCACCAACCUCGCCCCCGGCAUCACCUUCGCCAUCGCCGCCGUCAUCGGGUUGGAGAAGGUGGACUUGAGGAGCUCAAGAAGCAUCGCCAAGAUCGUCGGAACCGUCGUCUGCCUCGCCGGAGCAAUGCUCAUGGCGUUCUUCAAGGGCCCAAAGCUUCUCGGCGCCCUCCUCCUGCCGGCGACCGAUGACUGGGUGAGAGGCGGCAUCUACCUCAUGGGGAACGCCUUCUGUUUCUCCAUCUGGUACAUCUUGCAGGUACCGGUCUGUAAAUCCUACCUUGAUCCACUAUCCUUGGCAACCUGGAUGUGCUUCCUAGCGACCUUGCAAUGCGCGGUGAUGGCCUUCUUCCUAGAAGCAAACUACAUUGAGAUCUGGAAGCUUGCUUCUAUUUGGGAGCUCCCCUGCAUCUUAUACGGAGGCGUUUUCGCAUCGGGUGCAAACUUUUUUAUGCAAUCUUGGUGCAUAUCAGUGAAAGGCCCACUUUACAGCGCAAUUUUUACACCGCUGAGCGCGGUCAUCACAACAAUAUUGUCUACGCUCUUCCUUCACGAGGAACUGCACAUUGGGAGCGUGUUGGGUGCUAUUGUGAUCAUCCUAGGCCUGUAUGUUGUGCUGUGGGGUAAAGCUGAUGACGCAAGCAGCGAGGGGCUGGCCAUCCACUCUAAUGAUUCUGAAAGCAUUUUAGAGCAAGAUUGUAUGGGUGUAAAAGUAGAAAGUGGGAUCAAUCUUUCAGAACCAUUGUUAUCAUCUGAAAACGCGGACGCUGAUGCUUCGAGACGCCAGUGA